AUGCUGGGCCACGUGGGCGGGGGGCUGGGCCACAAUGGCGCCGGGUGGAGGGGCAUCCUGGACUUUGACUACGGCAUCGUGCAGGCGCCGCUCGGUCCGGACAUCUCGGGCCCCGAGCUCGCCGCCGCCGUCGCCAACGCGGGGGCCAUCGGCCUCCUCCGCCUCCCCGACUGGCCGGCGCCGGAUCGCGUCAGAGAGCUGAUUUGGAAGACGAGGAGCCUGACGUCGAGGCCGUUCGGGGCGGCCAUUGUGCUGGCGUUCCCGUACGAGGAGAACCUGAGGGUCGUCCUGGAGGAGAAGCUCGCCGUGCUGCAGGUGUACUGGGGGGAGUUCCCGAGAGAGCGAGUCGAAGAGGCGCACCGCGCCGGCGUCAAGGUCUUGCAUCAGGUUGGCAGCCUUGAGGAGGCAGCAAAAGCUAAAGAAGCCGGUGUAGAUGGAAUCAUUGUUCAGGGCCGUGAAGCAGGAGGUCAUGUAAUUGGUCAGGAAGGACUGUUUCCACUGUUGCCGAGAGUAGUAGAUCUUGUUUCGGACUCUGGCAUUCCAGUUAUCGCUGCUGGGGGAAUCGUAAAUGGGCGUGGCUAUGUUGCCGCAUUGGCACUUGGUGCUCAAGGUGUUUGUUUAGGAACAAGGUUCGUGGCUACUGAGGAAAGCUUUGCACAUCCUAUUUAUAAGAAAAAGCUAAUUGAGAUGAGUCGCACAGACUACACAAAUGUGUUCGGGCGUGCUAGAUGGCCUGAUGCUCCACAGCGUGUCCUGGAAACACCCUUCUAUGCUGGGUGGAAGAAUAAUCUGUCAGAUCAUGAAACAGAGGAAAGCCAGCCCAUCAUAGGCCACUCUAUCAUCCAUGGCAUGCACAAGGAUAUUCGUCGGUUUGCCGGUACUGUUCCAAGCGCCACAGCUACAGGUGAUGUCGAGAGCAUGGCCAUGUAUGCGGGUCAGGGUGUUGGGCUAAUCACGGAGAUCCUACCAGCUGGCGAAAUUGUCAAAAGGCUGGUUGCUGAAGCAAAGGAUGUCAUCAGAGAAAAGCUUUCUGAUUUGAAGUAAAAUCCUCCUGAACUGCAAGCUCUAUCUACAAUGUAUCAAGCAUUUGUAAGUAGUCACCCAUCAGAACAAACUGGUAUCACCAUGUUUGCUUCUGUAUGCUAUUUGUAAAUAAUAACUGUUGAAAAUAAAUGAGAUUACCAAAGGUAUUACAACUGGUAUCACCAUGUUUGCUUCUGUAUGCUAUUUGUAAAUAACAACUGUAGAAAAUAAAUGAGAUUACCAAAGGUAUUCCGUCUGCCAAAA